ACCGCGGGUCCAUCACCUGCCAUCCCGGUACCCACAUUCCACAGCAAAGUCUCCAACAAUUCAAAGUCUCCAAGACCUUCACUUGCUAUCAUGGCUGGGCGUGGGCUUUUAGCUGCAGGUUUGGUUCUCCUUGCCGCCGUCGCUCCGGCCUACGCCGCGGACUACACCGUCGGCGACUCCUCGGGCUGGGCUAGCGGCGUGGACUACAGUACCUGGGCAAGCGACAAAACCUUCAUCGUCGGUGACACACUCGUGUUCCAGUACGGGGCGUCGCACAACGUAGCGGAGGUGGGGUCGUCGGACUACAGCGCCUGCUCCGCCACCAACUCCAUCCAGUCGUACAGCGACCAGGACACCAAGAUCACGCUCACCAAGCCCGGCACGCGCUACUUCAUCUGCGGGGUCAGCGGCCACUGCGCCGGCGGCAUGAAGCUCGCCGUCAAGGUCGCCCCCGCGGCCGCCACCACGCCCACCCCGGCCACCUCGCCCUCCACGCCUUCGGAGACGCCCUCCACGUCCACAACCCCGGCCGGGACGACAACUGCGCCUUCCUCGUCCAAAUCAGCGGAGAGCGUCGGCGGGGCCAGCGGUAUCGAGGCCCGCUCCGUGAUGGGCUCUCUAGUUGGGGCAGCGGGCAUUGUCGGCCUCGCCUUGAUGGGCUAGGCAAGAGGCAGUGCUUUUGUUUCCGUUCUCCGAAUAUUUCAGUAGUCCACGUUUUCUUCUUCCCGCCGAGUUGCACACUGUCUGCUGUAGCUCCUCUUUAUCCGGGGCCGUAUCGUUUGUGCUCUGUUCAGUUCUGUACUAGAUCCUCCGAUUCGAUCACGACUCGUGCUUGUACGACCACUUCCAAAUAUAUACUCUUUUUUUUUUGAGAAUAAA